AUGCAAUCAUUGAAUAAUACACAAAUAUCAUUUCCAACUCCUGUCAGUUGUAUUCAUCAUGAAUUUGUGUAUCAAGUAAUGAAACAUCCACAAAAAGCAGCUGUUGAACUAGAUGAUCAAUCAUUGACAUAUUGUGAACUUCUAUAUUAUGUCCAAGUAUUGUCUUUAACUCUCCUUAAUAAAUAUCGUAUCACUCCAGGUGAGGUCGUGUGUCAAUGUGUUGAGCGAAGUUUGUCGAUGGUGAUUGGUAUUAUGGGAAUUGAAAUGGCUGGUGGUGUUUAUUGUCCAUUAUCACUUCGAGAUCCACAACAUCGUUUACGUGCUCUUGUACAACAAACUCAAAGUCGUCUUGUUCUUGUCCAUCAUGUAACUAAGACCAAAUUCGAUCAAGACAUUGUUUCACUUGAUAUUGACUCAAUAUUAACGAGCCAUGUCACCGAAUGUGUCAUUGAUCUGAACCGACUAUCAAAAGUGGCAACAGUAUCAGACGAUGUCGCGUACAUUAUUUUUACAAGUGGUUCCACUGGAACACCCAAAGCAGCUCAAACACGGCAUCGAAACUUCACAAAUUUUGUGCAUUCUAUACAGAAUGCUGGUGUAAUAAACGAGCAAGACACAGUGUUUCAAAUAUGUGCCCCGACAUACGAUGUACAUGUCAUGGAAAUCAUGGGUAGUUUACUUUUGUGCGCGACUGUCGUGAUGUUACGUCCAUAUGGCAAUAUGGAUUUUGAAUAUUUUGCUCACACACUGCAACAUAAACAGAUCACAUGUCUUGCACCUGUUCCAACUUUCUUAAAUCAUUUAUGUGAUUUUCUUGCACAUUCUAGUCGCUAUCCUUUGCCAUCUGUGCGAUCACUUUGCAUUGGUGGUGAGCCAUUCUCACAAAAACUCGUUCACCGCCUUAGAAGUCAUAUUAAAAGUGAGUUUUACAUCCACAAUAUAUAUGCACCUGCUGAAUGUACCAUUGUGUCGAUAUGUCAUCGUGUCGAAAUCAAUUCUCUUGAGAACAACAUUCCUCUUGGUAGAGUUCUGGCUAACGAACAAUACAAGGUCCUAGAUAUUUUUUUGCAACCUGCACCGUUCGAAGAAGAAGGCGAGUUGUUUAUAGGUGGAGUAGGUAUCUUCGCUGGUUAUCUUGGGCGUGAUGAUUUAACUGCAAAAGCUCUUGUUGAAAUAGAUAGUGAACUCUUCUAUCGAACAGGUGAUCUUGUUCGAAUGGACAAUAAAGGAUUGAUACAUUAUGUUGGUAGAAAAGAUCAUCAAAUCAAAUUACAUGGACAAAGAAUUGAACUUGGUGAAAUCGAACGAUGUUUACUUAACAUGACAUCCAUUUCUGCUUGUGUUGUUAUGAAAUGGAAUGAUGAUUAUUUAGUUGCAUAUGUUCAAUCUUCUCAUAUCAAUCAAGAACAACUACGCCAACAUUGCGAAUCUCAUCUUCCACCACAUAUGAUUCCAUCUUCUUUUAUUAUACUUGAUAAAUUACCUUUGAAUCAAAAUGGAAAAAUAGAUCGAAAACUUCUUCCAUCACCUCAAUUCUCAUCUAUACAUCUCACAGACAGCACAGAACUAUUACUACCAACAAAUAAUAUUGAAGUUAGUAUUCAUCACAUUUGGUGUGAGAUAUUCAACCAGAAUCAGAUCUCAACUGAUACAAAUAUAUUCACUAUUGGUGGUCAUUCAUUACUUAUCAUGCAACUUUUUCAUCGAUACAAGAUCGAGUUUCAUUUAGAAACAAACACUCUUUCUAUCUCUAAUCUAUUUCAACAUCCAACAAUUCUUCAUCAUGCUCAACUCAUUCAACAGUCUAUCAAUACCAUCGACAUUCUGAAUGAUUAUCCUUGGCCUUCACUACAUCUCAUUCAGGCUAGAGCAUCAUUUGCACAAGAACGAAUCUAUUUAGAUGAACAAAUUCGUUUUUCAUCUAAAACAACAAUGAAUAAUAUGUAUGUUAUUCCAUUACUUUAUCAUAUAUCAUCUAUGAAUGAUCAUGUAUCAAUCACUCAAUUACAACAUGCAUUUCAAAGUGUUAUCACAAAACAUAAUAUUCUACGAACAGCACUUUUUAUCGAUGAUACAAAUGGUAAUAUUAUACAACACUGUUUAGAUGCGAAGAUUGUUCUCAAUGAUGAAAUAAAAUCAAAUGGUUUGACAUUUGUUAAUAUUCAUAAUGAUGAUCGUCGUCAUAUGAAUGAAAUUAUCGAAGAAAUAUUAAAUCAAGCUGAUUUAUUUGAUUUAUCAAAAGGACGUGUUAUUCGUUGUCAUAUUCUUCGUCAAUGCCAUUACUCUCGAGAUAAUGUCUUAUAUAAGAAUAAUGAUUUAUUGAGUAAAAAUGAUCACAUAUUGAUUAGUAUUCAUCAUGCAAUGUUUGAUGGAGCAUCAACAUCAGUCUUUCUUCGCGAUCUUUCUCUUGCUUAUCAAUCUGAUGACUCAUUAUCUGUGGAUGAUAACUCAUUGAAUUAUAAUGAUUAUUCUGUUCAUGAACAUAUCAUGGAUAUGUCAUUAUCUCGUGAAUUCUGGCAUUAUCAACUUGAAACAUACAACACGGAAUGUUCAUUAUCAUUACCAUUUGAUCGACAACGUUCAACAACUAAUCAACAACGAUCAGGCUUAGCAUCCACAGCUGAGAUCAACUUCGAUAAUGAAUUAUGCACAUCAUUUCUAAAUUAUGCGUCGUCACAUCAUCUAACACUUUUUCAACUUGGAUUAUCCAUAUUUUAUGUCUUCCUAUUCAAACUAACUCAUGGUGAGACUGAUCUAUGUAUUGGUUCUAUUAAUGCAAAUCGAUAUCGAAAUGAACUACAAAAUCUAAUUGGAAUGUUUGUUUCAACAUUACCAUAUCGUGUUGAGCUUGAUCUCCAUUGGUCAUUUGAUGAACUUGUCCAACAUGUGAGAGAAAAAUGCUUGUCAAUUCUUGAACAUUCUCAUUAUCCAUUACAACAUAUUCUUGAUGAUAAUCAAUUAAAUCAGUCGAAUGUAUCAUUUCUUGAGACAGUGUUUGAUUUUAUUACUGUAUCAAAAGAUAUGGGACAUUUAUGUUUGGGUGAUGCAAAUUUAGAACAAAUAUCAUUAGAACAAUCAGCUGAAGUAGCAAAAUUUGACUUCUCGCUAACAUUUGUAUACAACCCGUCAUCAGAUGAUAAUCAGCUGUCUUGUUCUUUUGUUUGUUCACAUGAUUUGUUUGAAAAAUCAACGAUUUCAAAAAUAGCUCAAAGAUUUCAAUAUAUGUUUGAACAACUGUUUCAAACACAAUCAAGCAACAUUCCUGUGAUGAAUGUGAGUUUAUCGAUUAACAAAUUGUCUCUUAUUCUUCCUGAAGAAGCUGAAGAAAUGGAUUUGGUCGUGUUUCAUCGAUUGGAGAAUAUUGUGAAUGAAGCUCAAGCUUUUAUUAUGCAUAUUCUUAUUAGUUAUACACCUUAA